AUGGCACAAGUUGAACGCGCGACGCCCGUCGUGAGCAUAUGCACACACACCAUACCGACCUCUCUCGCACCCGAGCUAUCCCCACUGCAGCUCUGUCCGACAUGUAUGAUAACUUCGCAGAUCGCCGCUAUCAAUUUCGUACAAGAACAGUUCGACGCGCGCGGUGGUAUAUUCCAGUCUAAACAAAAGGGACCAGACGGCCAUACUACCCAUGACCACAAGGCCGCUCGAAAGGCCUGGCGCACUGCGAAGAUUGCAUUGACAAACACCAUAGAGAAGUUCGAAGACUUACUUGAAGACAAGAACACACCAGUACAGGAUCUGCCGAAGCUGAGAGAAGCGUUAAAUGUGUGGGACAAGAAGAAGAUCGUGCUGACUAGGGUGCCGGGCUUAAAAUAUGUCGAUGGCGCAGAAGAAGAAGAACCAACCGAGGAGGAGAAAGAUGGUGCGCGAUUAUUGAUGGUAUGGCUGAAAAUGGUCGUUGAGAAAGAGAUGACACAAGAAGAGCUGAAGUCAUCUCGAACAAACCCGCCAGUAGGCACUUCACAUCCAACAUCAUCGCGAAUCCCUGUCGCCUGUCCGUUCCAAUAUGCUGUACCACAAGAACCGGCACCGCAAAAAUGUUCAGAUGUACGUCAGUCUGAGUGCCCACUUCUAGCAAUCACGCAGAUGCUUGCAACGCCGCCACCGAAAUCCCGACAUCAUGUCGCGACACCUAAAUCAAUACUCAAGCGACCCCGCGCCAUCAACUUGUCAGGCAGCGCAUCCGCCUCACCAUCACCAUCACCCAAGCGGGUUUGCUUGUCAGAUUCCGUGAUUAUGUCACCAGAGCAUCUUUGCAUUGCCAACCCCUCACCUUUCCACCCACUAUCCCGCACCGCGAACGUACUACCCCACGCUGCUCACACCGUUGCCGAGCAUCACCGCCCGCGACCUGAAUUCCAUCGCAUAACCGAAGCCUACGUACCCGGUGUAUGGGCCUCGGCAGCUUUUGAUGAAAAGGCCGAUACGAGCUUCCGCAGCAUGACACGCCUGGAGAUGGAGAAGCGAUUCAAGGAGGAAUCGGAAGAGCAGGAGCAGGAACAAAGGUUGGCGAACAAGUUGAAGAAAACUAGUAGAGGCUGGGUGGCCCUUUGGUGGGCGAGGAAAAUGGCGCCAAACCUAGAUCUGGACAAGUUGGAGAUGGAAACGCAGACGUAA